AUUUAAACGGACGUGAAACAGUUAAAACGAGCCGCAUCCAACAGUGGACCUAACAGCCUUCCUAUAUCCUUCUGUUAAAUUUAAAUAACCCCGUGACCAUUUCAAACCAAACUUACAGGACGUGUAGCUACUUGGAUUAGUUCGUAUUAUUACGAUUUUCUCCAAAUAGACGAAGGCUCAAAAAUGAUUGCUGUUUCGGGACCAAGUUAUGAAGCUUUCUCUUAUGGUGGCCAAUCCAAAUUCAAUAAUCAAACUGUGGUUGACAAAGUUCCACCUGAUAUGCUUCAUCUGAUUGAUAUUAAUUGGUAUCAAUACCCACCAUUAAAUCCUAUGUGGCAUGGAAUUCUUGGAUUCGUAAUAGGCGUACUUGGUUUUAUCUCAGUUAUGGGAAAUGGAAUGGUCGUCUAUAUAUUUCUUUCAACAAAAAGUCUUCGCACGCCAAGCAAUUUGUUCGUAAUCAACCUUGCCAUCAGUGAUUUCCUUAUGAUGUUUUGCAUGUCUCCACCUAUGGUAAUCAAUUGUUAUUACGAGACAUGGGUACUCGGACCUCUUUUCUGUCAAAUCUAUGCGAUGUUGGGCUCCUUGUUCGGAUGUGGCUCCAUUUGGACAAUGACGAUGAUCGCAUUCGAUAGAUAUAACGUAAUCGUGAAAGGUUUAUCUGGUAAACCGCUGUCCAUUAAUGGAGCUCUCCUUCGUAUAGUAGCUAUAUGGUUGUUCUCUCUCCUAUGGACUAUUGCACCUAUGUUUGGCUGGAAUCGAUAUGUACCUGAAGGUAAUAUGACCGCUUGCGGCACCGAUUACUUUAACAGAGGAUUAUUAUCUGCUUCUUAUCUUGUCUGCUACGGCAUUUGGGUUUACUUCGUCCCUCUGUUCCUUAUCAUUUAUAGUUAUUGGUUUAUCAUUAAAGCGGUAGCUGCCCAUGAGAAGAAUAUGCGCGAACAAGCAAAAAAGAUGAAUGUUGCUUCUCUCCGAUCAUCUGAAAAUCAAAAUACAAGUGCCGAAUGUAAAUUGGCCAAAGUUGCUCUUAUGACAAUCUCUUUAUGGUUUAUGGCUUGGACUCCGUAUCUCGUCAUUAAUUUUUCGGGCAUAUUCAAUCUUGUUAAAAUCAGCCCACUUUUUACCAUCUGGGGUUCUCUCUUUGCCAAAGCCAAUGCAGUUUACAAUCCGAUCGUUUAUGGAAUUAGUCAUCCGAAAUAUCGAGCUGCGCUGUUUACGAAAUUCCCAUCAUUGGCAUGCGCUGCUGAAUCAACUACAGACGCUGUAUCUACAACUUCCGGUACAACUACUGUUACAGAUAGCGAAAAAUCUAAUGCGUAAAAUAAUAAACCACAAAAUUUUUUUUUUCAAAUCGUAACGUAAAAAAUUCAACAAUUAAUGAGUAUGGAUUAAAA